UCAUUAUUAUAUGAUUAAUAUACUCUUUGAAUGUCAUUUACUCAUGUUUACAUCGAACAUAUUAAAAUUGCUUCGUUAUUAUUUAUCAAACGCACAAUAUUAUUAAAAAUCCGCCAUGGAUAAUGCCAACCACCUUCCAUUCGCGACAACAUGAAGCCAUAAAAUUACAAAAUAACUUAACACCAAGCCAUUUUCUUUAUUGUUUUGUGUUAAGUUAUAACUCCUAGAAAAACUAACAUGAAAUAGUCUACCAUAAAUAAUCAAUACCGAACAAUAAUUCUCAUUCAUCCAUUACACCAUAUCAGAAAAACGAUAAAAAUUACAAAAUGGAGAAACAAGGUGAAUACUUAGAAGAGGACCAAAGCACAAUUUCACUGUUUAGAAGGAACAAAAAGACUCCCCACGCUUGUUAUGUCUUGACCAACCCCCCUGCACCAUACCGAUACCAUAAGCUACUUCUGGACACCCAACCAAAAGUAUACAACUCUAUUAUUGAUCAAUAUUAUUGCCCAACCCACCAUUCGCCAACACAUUCUUACUAUGAAGAAGUCAACAUGGCAGAAAAGAAGCAUAAAAUAAAAUCACGAUAUUUGGACUUUUACUACAAAAAUCUAUACGAAAGAGAACAAUCGGCAACUUGCGAUUGUUGCCCGCAUUUUGCUUAUUCAAAUAUGAUAAACCAAAACUGGGCAUCAUGUGAAUCAACUCCAAUACCAAUAUCCUUCGGUGAAGAUCAAAGUCCUGUUCAGGAGACGACCGUGAAACACAAGCGAAACGAUACGAAGUCACGGUAUAUGGAUUAUCUUAAGAAUAAAAAUGAACCGAUGGAAGAAAUAAGAUACAAAAUCCAGACACCAAAAUACUCAUAUUAUGAAAGCUUCAAUACUAUUCCUGUAUAUAGAAGUAGGAAGGACCAGGGUAAUUACAGCAAAGAAAACAAAAAUGCUUGUUACGUCAUAAGCCCACGUGCACAAACUCUGUACUAUGACGAUCCAGACAGGCGAUCAAGAUUAUUCAACUACAUUAUGGAUCAAGACUAUCCGAUGAAACAGCUGCCAACCCAUUAUGAAGAAGAAGAAGACUUGAAAGAAAGUCCUUCCAUGCAAUCUCGUUACAUGAAUUUUAACCAUCAAAGUCAAGAUGAGAAGAAAGAAUUAACUAAGUGUGUUUCACCCACACAUUCUUGUGGUGAAGAAGAGUUUAAAGAAAACCUUUCCGUGAAACCUCGUUACAUGAAUUUUAACCACCAAAAUCAAGAUGAGAAGAAAGAAUUAGCUAAGUGUGUUUCACCGACACAUUCCUGUAGUGAAGAAGAGUUUAAAGAUAAUCUUUCCGCGAAACCUCGUUGCACGGAUUUUAACCAUCAAUGUCAAUAUGAGGAGAACGAUGAUAUGGAUGUAGACUUGGAAAGAAAAACUUGGAAGGACAUACCUAUAAAAUCUCGUUACAUGGAUUUUUACUACAAAAAUCAAAAUGAAAGAAAAGAAUCGGCUGCUGGCGAAUAUAGUUUAGAUGCAUCUGAUUCAAAUCCACACUACAAUUGUCCACACGAAGCUACCGAAACAGAUUUAAGUGAUCAGUGUCCUACUAGCAAGACGAAUGAUACGCCCAGAACUAAUGUAAUCAAAUCACGGUAUAUGGACUGGGAAAAAGACCGAUCGUCUGAAGUAAUAAAAGCAGAUCCAAUAAAAGCUUCUCAACUCGACUGGAAAGAUUACCAUCGAUUGAACACAAUACACAAGUUUUUGGAUGACAUGCAAUACAGUCGUCCUUCUAUUUGCACUACCGGUGUCAUCGGAUCGUCGCUAGAAAACCGGGAUCUUAAGGUUCUGAAAGUGUCCAACAGUAACGUCGGGAACGCAAGCGUGUGGAUCGACGCCGGCAUACAUGCGCGUGAGUGGAUCGCGCCCGCCGUCAACACGUAUAUCAUAAACUACGUCGUCCAAAACUUUGAUGAGCUACCCGACUACAUGGCGAACAAGGAUUGGUAUUUUCUCCCAGUAAUGAAUCCAGACGGCUACGAAUUUUCUCACACUAACUAUCGAAUGUGGCGCAAAAACAAAGCAUGGCACGGCAGGGAAUGCUUGGGCGUUGAUCUUAACAGGAAUUUUAGUUUUGGCUGGGGCGGUAAAGGCUCAUCAGACGAGCCAAAGAGUCCCUUUUACCAUGGUCCUCGCCCAUUCUCAGAACCGGAAUCAAGAGCUGUAAGAGAUAUGUUACAAUCAUCCGGAAUUAAAUUCAAAGUAUACAUAACAUUACACAGCUUCGGAGAAGUUAUCUUAUUUCCGUUUGCUUAUCGAGAUGAGCUCUGCCCAGACUACGUCCGUCUAUUAGAAGGGGCCACUGUUAUGUCUAAGGCUAUCUAUGCGACAAGUGGAAACAUAUACAAAGUUGGCAUUUCUCGGGAUGUCAUGUACGGUGCCGCCGGCACCAGCUGUGACUGGAGCUACGGACAAGCCAAGAUACCUUUCUGCUACCUUCUAGAGCUUAGAAGCAAGAAACACAAGUUUAGAUUGCCACAGAUAGAAAUAGAAGAGACAGGCAAAGAAAUUCUGAGUUGUAUUAUGGCGUUGAUGAAGUUUGUAGAUAAUUAUGACUUGGAUGGUAACUUUAUUGAAAACCCGACAAUAUGAAUACGUAAUUAAUAAAGUCAGUAAAGUUAUUUUUAGUCAGUAUACCAUUA